AUGAUCGCGUACACACUCGUCUUAGGCCUCAUAGGCCUGCUGGUUUUUGAUUACAUCUGGAACCUCGCCAAGAAUAUUCGCAAAGCACAGCGCUCCAAGCUUCCUUAUGUUGUGCCCCCGUAUAAUGUCAGCAUCAUAUUUAUGAUCUUGUUCGGCUGGCUUCUCCCGUUGCUUGCAGAAUAUUGUCUUCCCCAAUGGGUUGGGGAUAUCCUGUACGAUAAUGUUGGCACCUAUCGCUGGAUGGUUAGGGAUCGCCAAGUGAAAAGGUACGGGAAGCUUUACAUGCUAGUCAAUUCUGGCGGCGUUUUCUUGAGUGUCGCGGAUGCUUCUGUGGUCUCUCAGAUCGUCAACGCACGACAGGACUUUCCGAAGCCAGUCAGGCUAUAUAGCAUCCUGGAUAUGUAUGGGCCUAAUGUUGUCACCUGUGAGGACAAAGAAUGGUCUCAUCACCGUCGAUACACAGCAACAACGUUCCACGAAAAGAAUAACGCCCUGGUAUGGGAGGAGUCUAUUCAACAAACGCAGGAUAUGAUCGAGCAAUGGGCGGAAGCUUCUCCGCUAGAUUCAACUCGUGGACCGGGAUUCACGGCGGAAUGUACUAGAGACGACAUCCACAAGCUUACUUUGAACGUGCUGUCUGGCGCUGGGUUUGGAGUAAAAGCGCCCUUUAAGCCACUACCCCAGGACUCGCUCAAGAAUGAGGACAUUUUCAGGGACAGUCCCACCCCACCAGCAGGUUUCGACUUCACGUUCGGAGCAGUAGUGGCUUACAUGAAUGUGAACAUCCCCACCAUGGCGCUGGCGAACAAUAUGUUACCUAAGUGGAUCCCGAGAGUGUUGGUUCCAUUCUUCAAGAAGGACUUCGCAGCUCACCGAGAUCUAGACAAGUAUCUGCAGAGAUUGAUCACUACCACGGAGUCCAGAUUAAGCGGACAAGAAAACCCCUCGAAUCUUAUUGAAGGCAUGCUAAUCUCCAGGAAGCCUGGAGACAGCAAGGACUCAGGUCUUUCCGACCGAGAAAUCAUCAGCAACAUGCACUUAUUUACCAUUGCUGGGCACGAAACGACAGCAACAACUCUGAGGUUUGCUUUUGUACUGCUUGCCCUGCAUCAAAAUGUACAAGAUUGGGUAUAUAACGGCAUAUCAGAGGCUGUCAAAGAUGAACCGCCGAGUAUUGGGGACUGGAACUAUGAUGAAGUUUUCCCCAAGCUUGUCACCCCUCUUUGCGUGAUGCUCGAAACGAUGCGUCUCUACCCUCCGGUUAUCACCGUACCAAAAUGUACAGGGAACACCCCGAGCGUCAUCCACUACGACGGUAAAGACUAUGUUUUGGAACCCGAUAUUGACAUCAACUUGAAUCUGGGCAGCCUUCACUAUUCUGAAGAAUACUGGGGGGACGAUGUCACCCUCUAUCGACCGCAGAGGUGGGAUGCGCGCAAUAAGGACAGUUUCUUGGCCGGAAAUGACGAUUUACCUGGACUUGCUGGCCCUGGGUUGGAAUAUCCGACUAUCCAUAAGCCAGUUAGAGGUGCCUAUAUUCCAUUCAGCGACGGGUUCCGCGCUUGCUUGGGGAAGAAGUUCUCGCAGGUCGAAUUUGUCGCUGCGCUUACGACAGUCCUCCAACAGUACAGGAUUGAGUUAGCCGACAGCAGUGAAAAGGGCAGACUGAAUGCUGAAAGGGUAUUGAAUAAAAGCACCGCGAUUAUUACCCUGGCUAUGAGGGAGGAAGUACCGCUGCUUUUCCGAAGGAGAUGA